UACAGGGAUAUGGUGAUCGACAUAACAGUUAUACAAUCGUUGUACAGCUUCAUUUUUGACAUUAGAACCUAAAUCAAAAAAAAUGUUUGAAUGAAAUGAGGAAAUGUUCCAAUAACCAGUUCAAAGGACAGGGAGAAGAGCACACAGGUCUUGAACCACCACUAUUUACCUAUGUCCUCUCUCUCUGCAGGUUUCUGGUAUGCAGCAAGAGAUGGGGUGAAUUCUGACUCGUGAUCAGGCAGCAUGCCGUUAAUCCUGUGGAGGGGUUACAUGUAAUGGACCCCUUGGGAGAGACGCCAACCAAACCUGAGCAUCUGGGGAUUGGACAAGUGCAGGGGAUCCUCCCCAAAAUGGGGAAUAUGAAAACAUUAAUGGGAAACUGAGGGUUAAGAAUUAAGGUGUGUUUAGAGGUGGAGACAGAGGAGGGUCUUUCAGAGCACUUUGUUUAGGAUAUCAAAUAUUCUCAACAACGCACCUCUGAAAUGAUUUUGUAAUGAAGCAGUUUACAAAUGCCUGAGAGUGUCGGCUAAGGACCAGUGUCGCCAUCGGGUAAUGGAUGAGAAAUGUUUACAAAAUUAAUUGAAUGCGAUAUGGCUGCUUCACCAAGGAUGUUACUUCUCUCUCUAUCACUACUUCAAUGUUUUAUUCCCUGCGCACCAGCCAGUUACCCUUGUGGUGCUCAGUACAACAGAUAUCCAGAUAACCGGGAUAUCGCCACUGAUUGCGGUGCUCGGUUGAUCAACCUAUCCAUUAACCUUUGCCCUUCACUCUUUGCUGGCUUUGAUCCUUUAACCCUUGCGCUAAAUGGCCGAUAUAAUGACACAAAGUGUAACGGGAGAGUGGAUGUCCCGGCCACACCCCCAGUCGUUCAAUAUUCUAUCAUUGUUAAUGACGUCGAUGACAACAACUGUGGCAAUAAUUUCAAAAUUCUUGAUGAGGGUCCGGGAACGGAAAUCUUUGCCCAUUUCUCCAGUCUUCAGUCCGUGGUCAUCUCUGGUUUUAUAGACCCCCCGACCAAUCAUUCCUUGAUGAUCAGUUACAGCCCAAGACUGUACUAUAAAUUCUCCUGCAAGUACCCGCUUGAAUAUAUACUUAACAGCACAAGGCUCAUAGCGUCUUCCGUUUCUAUUGCAGUGGCCACAAGGAACGGUAGCUUUAGCAGCACUCUCCGCCUGCAGCUGUUUGAUGACCAAGACUACAUUUCACCGCUGAUCAUUCCUGACACGGGUCUUCCACUCGGAUAUAAGGUUUAUGUUGAAGUCAGCAUUGGUAAUCUAUCUACAAACUUUAACGUCUUCCUGGAUCACUGUUUUGCCACACCAUCUCCAUUUAAUCUCUCCUCGCUGGACACUGGAUAUACCUUCUUCACUGGAUGCAACAUUAGCCCUCGCACAACUAUCAUUGGAAAUGGAAUCGGCAGGAAAUCCUGGUUUGUUUUUGGUACCUUCCGGUUUAACGAGCAAUGGGACAGGAAGCUCUCGACAAUCUAUGUCCACUGUAUUACCAGGCUUUGUGAAGCCAAAACCUGUCAGACUUUGCUACAAGACUGCUUUGGUAGAAAGAGACCGAAGCGAGGAAUUUUCACCAAUGAAAGAUUGACAACACAAACCUUCACAGUUUCAUCUGGACCCAUAUACACGAGGGAAGAAGAGUUUUUGACGGCUGGAACCCCAGCACCUCUGAAUGGUCUGACCCAGAGCAAAAAGAAAAACUGCAUGACCAUGGCAGGUCCAAUUAUUGGCAUUGUGCUUGUGAUUGCUGCCGGCCUUGUUGUGAUUGCAUUCAUCGGAAUGUGGAGAUGGAAACUGUUGCCUAAAAGGAAACAGCCCGACCAGGAUUGCAAUGUGGAUUAUUCAGCGGAUUGAGUCCCCCCCCAUUACAGAGCUCACCCAAAGGGACCUGCUGCUUUAAAAUAAGACACAGCAACCAUAAUCAUUACCAGUCAAGCUUUUGUAACCUGCUGGAGAAGAAAGACGGGUUAAUGAGGUAGUUUCUGGUUUGGGUGCAAUCGGUAAAUUGCACCCAAUGUUUAAUUGAAAUAGAAGUUUUCAAUGAACAUGGGUGGCUGAGUCAUUAUGAUUUUUUUUUUUUCAAUUAAGAUUCCAUGGUGAAUCUUAAACAUUAUAUUUUUCAGAUACCUACAUCACAUUGGCCCACUUUUCUGAGACCUCCACUAGCCUACGACCCUCCCAUUCUAAUGCUUUAAUCAUUCACAAAAAAUGCUUCAACUAGGAUGGCAGUGAUGUCAGUUGCCACAACCAUAAGCUAUUAGCAUUUUAUUUCUAAUCUCGCUAUUCUUAAGCUGUUUAAUUAAUACUUCCUGCUGUGCCUUCAAUACCAUGAUUCCAACCAAACUUAUCUUCAAACUCCUUGACCUAGGUUUCAGCUCUACAGUCUCUACAGGCAGAAGGUACAAAAGUUUGAAAGCAUUUAUCACCAGAUUCAAGAAGAGUUUCUUCCCUGUCGUUUCCCGACUAUCGAACGUCCUUUCCAGGUGCAAAGGAUUAUUCCCAAUCGUCCCCGUUGCAGUCCUUGUACUUUUUAAAAAUCUUCACUUUCACUGCAGCUAUAACACCAUAUCCUGCACUCUGCUUUCUUUCUCCUUUUGCACCAGUUGUUGUACUCGUAUAGUCUGACUGACUGACUGGGUAGCAUGCAAAAUAAUUUUCCAUUAUCUUGUUUCGUAUGGCAAUAUUAUACCAUGGCAAAAGCACGGGCAGUGUUGGGAGUAACCAGUCCUUUGUGGUGACUAUCCCCCAACAACCUAACCAUCUAAAUCGUAUAAUAUUAUAUAAUUAAUUGCAUAAAAUUAACACCAGGAUGAUUUGUGACUUAUCCCCUGAUCUGGUCUUGUCAUCAAUAGUACAUCUGGAUCAAGAGUAUAACAGCAAACUUCCCCGACUCACAUUUUACUUUUUUUUCCUUCUGAGAUGCAUUAUUCAGCAGCUACUUUCUAUAUGCAUCCUCCAAAAACCCCCCCAUCUCUGUAUAGGCAUGGUGAGCCAGUUGGCCCUUAAUGGCUAUUCCAUUGGUUAAUUAGGCCACAGUUAAUCUGUUUCUAUUAACUAUUUAACCACCAUAUACCUGAUAUUUUAUAGCUCAUCCAGUGACUUCAGUCUGGGAAAUUCCAGGAACCCAGAGCAGUUGACAGCCAAGUGUUCUAACCAUGUUUUGUGAAAAAAUAUUAUUCAUACAGGUGACUGUACUGCAUAAUUACAGGUGAUCAAUAAUGAUUAGCCCCAGAAACGUAUCCACUCAAAUCAAUGCAAACUCCUAGCUACUGUUUUCCCCCAACAGGAUAAUAUUCUGUAUUCAGUUCAUGCUCCAGGCAUUCACUGUGUAACCUGCACUCUCUAUUGCUGUGAGGAACACUGUACAUACGUUUGUAUGAACUGAUAACGAGUCAAGACUUGGCAUGGUGAUUGUAUCCAUCGUAAUGCUAUGAGGGGUAGAAAGGUGGGAAUGGAUGCACUGCCAUUGUGAAGGAACAUCAAGCAGUUUAGCCUCCAAACAACUUUAUGCUAACGGUUGCUGGAAUGUGCACAUUGAUGUCAAGUGAAACCUGAGCUAUAAAACACUACCCAGAAAGAAUGGCGAGCGAGUUGGGUGUUUAUGAAAUUCUAUGGUAGUCGCAGAGAACAUUAUAAAGAUUAUGACUUGCAGCCCUGAACCAAAGGAGAAAGUAAAUGUGGUUUUACCAACAAUGUCCACAUUGAUGAGGCAACUUCAGCCCAGAACU